UGCUGUCAGAGGGAAGAUUGCUGGCUGUGCUGCGUGGGGUUGGGCUGCUCGGCAGCCAGCUCCUCCCUCUCGCUAUUUAUUCCUUCCCCCCCCCCCCUACGCUGGAUUUGGAUCAUCUCAAGCUGAGCGGUGGCGGCUUCUUGGAUCGCUCAUACAUAAAUAUCUUCGAGACAAAGGAAGCAACUACCGACCCCAAGACCUCACCUCCAGCCAUGGCCAGGCUCCUCGCCACCUGCUGCCUGCUGGCCCUGCUGCUCGCUGCCUGCACCGACGUCGCCCUCUCCAAGAAGGGCAAAGGCAAACCCACCUGGGGCGCCGGGAGCCAUCGCCAGCCCAGCUACCCUCGCCAGCCCGGCUACCCCCAUAACCCAGGGUACCCCCACAACCCAGGGUACCCCCACAACCCUGGUUAUCCCCAUAACCCCGGCUACCCCCAUAACCCCGGCUACCCCCAAAACUACCCCCAUAACCCAGGUUACCCAGGAGUGGGACAAGGCUACUACCCACCCAGCGGAGGAAGCUACCACAACCAGAAGCCGUGGAAACCCCCCAAAACCAACUUCAAGCACGUGGCGGGGGCAGCGGCGGCAGGCGCUGUGGUGGGGGGCUUGGGGGGCUACGCCAUGGGGCGCGUUAUGUCGGGGAUGAGCUACCACUUCGAUAGCCCCGAUGAGUACAGGUGGUGGAACGAGAACUCGGCGCGUUAUCCCAACCGGGUUUACUACCGGGAUUACAGCAGCCCCGUGUCACAGGACGUCUUCGUCGCCGAUUGCUUUAACAUCACGGUGACUGAGUACAGCAUCGGCCCCGCCGCCAAGAAGAACACCUCCGAGGCCGUGCCGGCAGCAAACCAAACGGAGGUGGAGAUGGAGAACAAAGUGGUGACGAAGGUGAUCCGCGAGAUGUGCGUGCAGCAGUACCGCGAGUACCGCCUGGCCUCAGGCAUCCAGCUGCACCCUGCCGACACCUGGCUCGCCGUCCUCCUCCUCCUCGCCACCCUCUUCGCCAUGCACUGAUGGGACGCCGCGCCCCGGCCCCGUGGUGGUGAGAUGACAUCGUGCCCACCCAUGGGGUGUCCCUUGUCCUCGCUUUUGUGCAUCUUUGGUGGAGAUGUCCCCCCCGCUGCCUCCCCGCAGGCUCCGAUUUGGGCAACUGGGAGUGAAUUUUGUCCUGUCCUGGUCGUGGCAGGACGGCUGCCGGUGGUGGGGUGGGAUGCCCAAAAAAUGGCCUUCACCAAUUCCUCCUUCUCUUCCUUUUGGGGGCAGAGAUAUGGGCUCGCCCAGCCCUCAUUGUCCCUGCGAGAGCGUAUCUGAAAAUCCUCUUUGCUAAGGAGCAGGGUUUUACCUAAUCUGCUUAGCCCCAGUGACAGCAGAGCGCCUUUCCCGAGGGCACACCAACCCCAACCCCAGGUGCUUGGCACCCACACGUCCCAUGGAGGCUGAUGGGUUUUGGGGCAUCCCAAGCAACACCCUGGGCUACAGAGGUGUGAUUGUAGCUCUUUAAUCUGCCAAUCCCAACCCUACCGUGUACAUAGGAACCUGUCCGCUCCCCGUUUUGCAUGCUGCAAACAACUCCUGCAGCAGCACCGCAAAAAUAAAGUGAUUUUGGAAUAGUGAGGCUGAAGCCACAGCAGCCUGGGGCUGGGCUCAGUGUAUCAACCUGUGCUGCUUUGCUUCCAGCUGAGCCUUGCUGCCCUUUGUAGCUUGCCCAGAGGAAGGGAGCGCUGCUGAAUGCCCCAAAAAGUAACACUGAGCAAAAGCUGCUUUCAGUGUGUGAUAGGAAAUGAGUGCAUCUCGCACGGAUCGGCCAUGGGAGCAUCAUUUGCCAUCAGGCCCAUAACCCAAAGGAUGCUAAAAUGCAGCCAAAAGGGGGAUCAAGCACGCAGGGAGGGACUUAAAUCAGCUCAACUGGACUGAAAUGGCAAAAAAUCAUGAGUAGAACGAACGCCGAGGGGAUGCUGGAGAUCCACCCUUUGUGAGCAAAUUGUUCGAUGCAGCCAAUGGAACUAUUGCUUCUUGUGCUUCUGUUGCUGCUGAUGUGUAUAUAAGCUGUAGCAUAUGUAAAGUUUCACGUGUCGAGCUGCUCGCACUGCGUAGAGCUAAUAUAUAUCAUGUAUGUGGGCACUGAAUGCCACUGUUGGCGAUACCCAACCGUCCUAAGCGAUUUCCACGUCACUGUAACUUAAGCGGAGAUAUACUUUCAGGAUAUUCAGAAAAAAAAAAAAAAAAAAAAGAAAGAAAACUAUCAGGACUUUGAGGUGAUGUGUGCUUUGUGAGACACGACUGUUUUGUACAUUUGUAACGACGCAUGCACUACGUUUUACUUUCCAGUAUUUUUCUAUAUGUUUGACGUCUGGUGCAAAUUAAAACGGGUGAAGCGGAGGUGCAGGAGCCUCCUUCGUGCA